CGCAGAGCGGCCGGUCGCGCGGCGGCGGGUGGCAGGAGCGCAGGGGCGCGAGCCCGUCCACCAGCCUUCUCGGCGACCGCGCCACAGGAGCGUGCGCAACUCGGACGCGGGGACCCGGGUCGGGCCCCAAGAUGCCGGCGAUCGCGGUGCUCGCGGCGGCCGCCGCGGCGUGGUGCUUCCUCCAGGUCGAGAGCCGGCACCUGGACGCGCUCGCCGGAGGCGCGGGCCCGCACAACGGCAAUUUCCUGGACAAUGACCAGUGGCUAAGCACAGUCUCCCAGUACGACCGGGACAGGUACUGGAACCGCUUUCGAGACGAAGUUGAGGAUGAUUAUUUCAGAAACUGGAAUCCCAACAAGCCUUUUGACCAAGCUCUGGACCCAUCCAAAGACCCCUGCCUGAAGGUGAAAUGCAGCCCUCACAAGGUGUGUGUGACCCAGGACUACCAGACUGCCCUGUGUGUCAGCCGCAAGCACCUGCUCCCCAGGCAAAAGAAGGGGAACGUGGCCCACAAGCACUGGGUCGGACCUUCGAAUCUGGUCAAGUGCAAGCCCUGUCCCACGGCACAGUCGGCCAUGGUCUGCGGCUCCGACGGUCACACCUAUACAUCCCAGUGCAAGUUGGAGUUCCAUGCUUGUUCUACUGGCAAAAGUCUCACCACCCUCUGCGAUGGGCCCUGCCCAUGUCUCCCGGAGCCUGAGCCACCAAAACACAAGGCAGAAAAGAAUGCGUGCACGGACAAGGAGUUGAGGAACCUUGCUUCCCGGCUUAAAGACUGGUUUGGAGCCCUUCACGAGGAUGCAAACAGGGUCAUCAAGCCUACCAGCUCCGACACAGCCCAAGGCAGGUUUGACACCAGCAUCCUGCCCAUCUGCAAGGACUCCCUGGGCUGGAUGUUCAACAAGUUGGACAUGAACUACGACCUCCUACUUGACCACUCAGAGAUCAACGCCAUCUACCUGGAUAAGUACGAGCCCUGUAUCAAGCCUCUCUUCAAUUCUUGUGACUCCUUCAAGGAUGGCAAGCUCUCCAACAAUGAGUGGUGCUACUGCUUCCAGAAGCCUGGAGGUCUCCCUUGCCAGAAUGAAAUGAACAGGAUUCAGAAGUUGAGCAAGGGGAAAAGCCUUUUGGGAACAUUCAUACCUCGGUGUAAUGAAGAGGGCUAUUACAAAGCCACGCAGUGCCACGGCAGCGCAGGGCAGUGCUGGUGUGUGGAUAAAUACGGGAACGAGCUUGCUGGCUCCAGGAAACAGGGCGCUGUGAGCUGCGAAGAGGAGCAGGAAACUUCAGGGGAUUUUGGCAGUGGCGGCUCUGUGGUCCUGCUGGAUGACCUAGAGGAUGAACGGGAGCUGGGACCAAAGGACACAUUGGGGAAGCUGCGGGUGCACACCCGGGCAGUGACGGAGGAUGACGAAGACGAGGACGAUGACAAAGAGGAUGAGGUCGGGUACAUCUGGUAGUCCCCACAAAGAGGAGGACAAGAGGUUUGCACAAAAUUGCAAGUCACUUCCUGUUCCUGCAUUUGUAUCUGAGACUCCACAGCACACGGCCUCUUCUCCAUUGUUGCCCUCUCUACCCAACCUAAGGUUUGGAAGACAACUCCUUGUCCCCGGAGCAUUCUGAUUUUGUGUCCGGCGUGUGGGAAGAAGGGUGUUGUUUUGUUUUUUAGACAGGGGGCUGGCUGGCUGAAUUACAGCCUCCUUCCCUCCCGUGAGUUUUUUGCAACAAGCAUGUGAUUUAUGUGGGAUUCUGAGCGUGCAGGGAGCCCCCACCCUCUAAACGUCAAAGACCCUUUUCGACCACCCACACCGGUGGUUAGUACAGCAUGGUUCACAGC